UGUUCUCCAUGCAGAGCGGUCCUCGGCUGCAACAGUACAAUCAUAAUCAGCAGUUUCAACAACAGCAACAGCAACAGGUUCAAUUUUUCUGUAUAAUGAUGACUCACUGAGUCUGCAGUCGGAUUUUGUAGGCGCUGUUGCUGCUGCAUCCGCUUCUGCUUCUUCUUCUUCUUCUUCUGCUGCUGGUGCCUUGUCUAAUCUUAAGCUCUCUAACGGUUUGCAUUCCAAUGAAGUUGAUGACAACACACUCAUGGCACUUGCUCAUCAAAACUACAAGGCUGGGAGCUACAAGCAUGCUUUAAAACACAGCAGUGCAGUUUAUGAGAGGAACCCGUGUCGUACUGAUAACCUUCUUCUCCUGGGUGCAAUUCAUUAUCAGUUGCAUAAUUAUGAUCAAUGCAUUGUGAAGAAUGAAGAAGCUCUUAGAAUUGAUCCACACUUUGCGGAGUGCCAUGGGAAUAUGGCAAAUGCUUGGAAGGAUAAAGGCAAUAUCGAUACUGCAAUCCGGUAUUAUUUGUUUGCAAUUGAGCUUCGACCUAAUUUUGCUGAUGCAUGGUCAAAUUUAGCAAGUGCGUACACCCGGAAAGGGAGACUUAAUGAGGCAGCCCAAUGUUGCCGCCAAUCGCUUUCAUUAAAUCCUCGUUUGGUUGAUGCUCACAGUAAUCUUGGCAAUUUAAUGAAAAUUCAAGGAUUUGUGCAAGAGGCUUACAAUUGCUACCUUGAGGCAUUACGUAUACCACCGAAUUUUGCAAUUGCAUGGUCCAAUCUUGCUGGGCUUUUCAUGGAGGCUGGUGACCUUAACAAAGCACUUCAAUACUACAAGGAAGCUGUGAGACUUAAACCAACAUUUUUUGACGCCUACCUAAACCUUGGAAAUGUUUAUAAGGCUUUGGGAAUGCCUAAAGAGGCAAUUUUAUGCUAUCAACGAGCUCUUCAGGUGCGACCGGAUUAUGCUAUGGCCUAUGGCAAUUUGGCUAGUAUUUAUUUUGAACAACGUAACCUGGAUAUGGUUAUUCUCAACUACAAGAGAGCCAUUGCUUUUGACUCAGGAUUCUUGGAGGCAUAUAACAACUUGGGUAAUGCUUUGAAAGAAGCCGGAAGAGUUGAUGAAGCAAUGCAAUGCUAUAGGCAAUGUCUUGCCCUGCAACCUAACCAUCCUCAGGCACUUACAAACCUAGGAAAUAUAUAUAUGGAAUGGAAUAUGUUGAGUGCUGCUGCUUCAUGCUACAAGGCAACUUUAUCUGUAACUGCAGGACUUUCUGCUCCUUUCAACAAUUUAGCAAUCAUUUACAAACAGCAGGGUAAUCUAGCAGAUGCUAUAUCUUGUUACACCGAAGUUCUUCGUAUUGAUCCUACGGCUGCUGAUGCAAUUGUCAACCGAGGGAAUACAUAUAAGGAGAGUGGAAGAGUAAAUGAAGCCAUUCAAGACUACAUACGGGCAAUUAACAUUAGGCCUGCAAUGGCUGAAGCACAUGCCAAUUUGGCUUCAGCUUACAAGGACAGUGGGCAUGUUGAGGCUGCGAUAAAAAGCUACAAGCAGGCACUGGUUCUUCGUCCUGAUUUUCCCGAAGCAACCUGUAACCUUCUGCAUACAUUACAGUGUGUUUGCGAAUGGGAGGAUCGGGAGAAUAAGUUUAUUGAAGUAGAAGGCAUACUCAGGAGACAAAUUAAGACGUCAGCUAUUCCUAGUGUGCAGCCUUUCCAUGCAAUAGCCUAUCCUAUUGAUCCAAUGCUUGCACUAGAUAUCAGUCGUAAAUAUGCAGCACACUGCUCUGUUAUUGCUUCCCGUUAUUCCCUAUCUCCUUUCAACUAUCCUGCACCCUUUCCUGGUGAGAGUGGCAAUGGACGCCUUAGGGUGGGAUAUGUGAGUAGUGAUUUUGGUAACCAUCCCCUAUCUCAUCUUAUGGGCUCAGUGUUUGGAAUGCACAACAGAGAAAAUGUCGAGGUGUUUUGCUAUGCAUUGAGUCCAAAUGACAGAACAGAGUGGAGGUUGCGUAUACAGUCAGAAGCAGAACACUUCAUAGAUGUAUCAUCUAUGUCCUCUGAUAUGAUUGCAAAGAUGAUAAAUGAGGACAAAAUACAAAUUCUUGUCAAUCUUAAUGGUUAUACUAAGGGAGCAAGAAAUGAAAUAUUUGCAAUGCAACCUGCUCCUAUUCAGAUUUCUUACAUGGGAUUUCCUGGGACUACUGGUGCAUCAUAUAUACACUAUUUGGUCACUGAUGAGUUUGUUUCACCUCUUUGCUUUUCUCAUAUCUACUCUGAGAAGCUUGUACACCUUCCUCAUUGUUACUUUGUAAAUGACUAUAAACAGAAAAAUCUUGAUGUCUUGCAUCCAAACUGCCUGCCCAAGAGAUCUGAUUAUGGGCUACCAGAAGACAAAUUUAUCUUUGCAUGUUUCAAUCAGCUGUACAAGAUGGAUCCUGACAUUUUCAGCACAUGGUACAAUAUUCUUAAGCGGGUUUCAAAUAGUGCUCUUUGGCUGCUUCGAUUCCCUGCUGCUGGGGAAAUGAGACUUCGUGCAUAUGCAACUCAACAGGGUGUGCAGCCUGAUCAGAUUAUUUUCACUGAUGUUGCUAUGAAAAGUGAAAAUAUAAGACGCAGUGCCUUGGCAGAUCUCUUCCUUGAUACACCGUUAUGCAAUGCACACACAACAGGCACAGAUGUUCUAUGGGCUGGACUUCCAAUGGUGACCCUUCCGCUUGAAAAGAUGGCAACUAGAGUUGCUGGUUCACUGUGUUUGGCUACUGGCGUUGGUGAGGAGAUGAUUGUCAGCAGUUUGAAAGACUAUGAAGAGAAAGCUGUCUCACUUGCUCUCAAUCGGCCAAAGCUCCAAGAUCUUUCGAAUAAGCUCAAAGCAGCCAGAAUGACUUGCCCUCUUUUCGACACAGCACGCUGGGUGAGGAGCCUCGAACGGGCCUACUUUAAGAUGUGGAAUCUGUACCGAUCAGGUCAGCAACCGCAACAUUUUAGAGUAACAGAGAAUAAUGAAGAAUAUCCUUAUGAUAGAUAGGUGUUGGCAUUGCAGGUAAGUUGUUAUUAUGAUAAGCUAGAAAAGAUUGUUCAGGUGUUAGGGCUUGGUAUUGUUAAUCUAGAAAGUUAUUUGUACUGGAAACUCACUUUUAAACUGUUAAGAUAACCUAUGUCGAAAUGUUAACAA